GUCUGUUGUCAACUAAGUGUCAUUGUAGAGUCACUAGUCAGUCUUUAAAAAUAUUUGAUUAAGGAAGUAUUUCAACUAGUUGUGAAAGAAUCUUUAUUUUCAUAUUUGGAAAAAUUUAAAUGUCAUUCAGUAAUGUACAAACCGGAGGAGUCCAUAAAGAAUCGCGUAUAUUUUGCAUCCAAGGAUGGAAUGUCAAUUGCUUUGUAUACUUUAAUAAGUGGACUUGACAAAACUAAAGUGAAUGAACUUAUAAAUGAGAGAAUAGAAGAUGACGGACAAGAAUGUACCCCCCUGAUAAUAGCAGCGAAAAAUGGACACGAUAAAGUUGUUAGAAUGUUAUUAACAAAUUACGAACCUAAUCUAGAAGUAGAAGGUAUAGUUAGAUUCGAUGGUUAUGUGAUAGACGGUGCUACGGCACUUUGGUGCGCCGCAUGUGCAGGUCAUUUAAUUAUUUGUAAAUAUUUAAUAAAAGCCGGUGCCGAUAUAAACCACGGUACUAAAACGAGUUCUACGCCACUUCGAGCGGCCUGUUUCGAUGGUCGUUUGGACGUGGUACAAUAUCUAAUACACCAUAAGGCUGAUAUACACCUAGCGAAUAAAUAUAAUAACACCUGCCUCAUGAUAGCUUCUUAUAAGGGUCAUUUAGAAAUAGUUCGUUAUUUGUUGGAAAAAGGCGCGAAUCCGAACGAAAGAGCUCAUUGUGGAGGUACUGCGUUACAUUUUGCCUCCGAAUGCGGGCACGUGGGAGUUGUUAAGCAACUUCUUUUAUACGAUGCGAAAUUUAGCAGUAACGACGUAGGGAUGACGGCGAUCAAAGCCGCCGCUGAAAAAACCAAAGAAGCGGUAGUGGAAUUCUUGAUUAACAGAGAAGAUAUUUCGGUGGAAGAUAAAAUUGAGGCUUUGGAACUUUUGGGAGCGUCGUUUGCCAACGAUAAAGAAAACUACAACAUCGUUAAAGCUUAUAAAUACAUGUAUUUAGCAAUGCAAUUGAGAUACAGUGAUCCCGAUAAUCCGAUCAAGAAAAAAAUUAUCAAACCCAUCGAAGCCUAUGAAAACUGGAUAGAAUGUCAAACGAUCCAAGAACUCCAAGCCAUAAGCGAAAAUCACAACAGUCUCCACAUGGAAGCUUUAACCAUUAGAGAAAGAAUCUUGGGAACCCACAACGCCGAAGUACCUUAUCCAGUGAUAUACAGAGGAGCGGUUUUUGCCGAUAACGCCCGUUUUGAUAGAUGUUUGGAAUUAUGGUUGCACGCCCUCCGCUUAAGAUUGAAGACAUCUGUACCGGUCGGUAAGGAUCUCCUGAGAUUCGCCCAAGUGUUCUGUCAAAUGUUGGACGUCGACAUUUCUUUAUCGUUCGAUUGUGUUUACGAAGUAUUCGCAGCCGCCGUAACGGAAUUGGAACGUAAUAGAGACAAUAUGAAAAAAAAUGUAUGUAAAGAGGAUCCGGAAACGUGUAUGGAUAACAUUGAACAUAACCUCACAACGACAUUGUAUUUUUUAACGAUAUUAACGAAAAUUAUGAAAACGUUUUCCGAAGAGGAACGUUUCAAUAUUCAGAGGAUGGUUUUUACAUUAAAUCAGUUGAAUAUGACUCAAAGGAAUGGAUAUUCUUUGUUACAUUUGGCCUGUAGUUCUGAUACGCCCGUAGAUGAGUUUCACAUUAAAGAUGUGUGCAAAUUCCCCUGUAAAGAAACAACGAAAUUAUUAAUAAAUUGCGGGGCUAAUGUAAACGCAAUGGACAUAGAAAGAAACACCCCUUUACAUAUAAUAGUUACAUAUAACAAAGCAGUUUCCGAUUUUUCCACAAUGCAUUCUAUCGUAACGGAUUUAAUCGAAAAUGGCGCUCACUUGGACUGCGUCAACAAAUACAACGAAACCCCAUUGGAUACAGCGACGACAGGCGUGGCGGAGAUUAUUUUGAAGACUCAGACCAAAUUGAGUUUGAGGUGUAUGGCCGCGAACGCCAUCAAAACUUAUUCCAUUGUUUAUAGGGGGCAAGUACCCGAAGCUUUGGUGUCUUUUAUCGAAAUGCACGGUUCGGGGGUUAAGAGGAAGAAGUAGGUGCAAAAUUUUUUUUUAAUUUUUAUUUUUUUAGCUCUUAUUUUCUACAGUGUUGAAUCGAAAUUAAAAGUUUAUUGCUGUUUUUUUAUUACAUAAAAUUAUUAUUAUUAUUAUUAUUUUUCGCUAAAAAUUAGCUAAUUGUGAAAUAAAUUAUUUUUAAAUAA